GACUAUACUCCACUAUAUUCACUGACUGUUGUUUUCUUCAUAACACGCCACCAAAACGCACGGCGAGUGAAAUUCCAUGUUUCCGAGGUGUUCCUGAAUGCGUCAAGAACGUCAACCCUCCAACCCAGGAAACCGAGCUUCCUCCAUAAUUCUGAGGUCCACUUGCACUUGGUAGGACGUGUCCCUCCUCACUAGACACUUCCACCGACUUCAGUGCGCGGAAUUCCCUCUCCAUAAGGACCGUGGGAGCGAUGCGACGUCUUGGAGGAGGAGGAAGAGGAGACGAACUGGCCAGAGAGCAGCAGCAGCAGCAGCAGCAGCAGCCACCUGCGAGGAAGGUCUGAGUUUGCUUGUCUCACGUCAAAGCCAGCCAGCAAGUCAGCUGAUCAGAUAACUCGGUGGAGCUGCUUGUGGGGGGGAGUGGCUGUUAAAGUUCCUCGUCCUCGUCUGCCUCCAGCUGAAUGGACCUGACACUGUUGAAUCAGCUGAGGACCCACUGAGCGGUUUCUAUUGGUCAUCACUAUGACUGAUGGGGAUUAUGACUACCUGAUAAAGCUCCUUGCCCUGGGAGACUCCGGUGUGGGGAAGACAACAUUCUUGUACCGAUACACAGAUAACAAGUUCAACCCCAAGUUCAUCACCACAGUCGGCAUCGACUUCAGGGAAAAAAGAGUGGUGUACACGGCUUCCAACCCCAAUGGAAUGACAGCAGGAAAAACCUUCAAGGUUCACCUACAGCUCUGGGACACAGCUGGACAGGAGAGGUUCCGCAGUCUGACUACAGCGUUCUUCAGAGACGCCAUGGGGUUCCUGCUGAUGUUUGAUCUCACCAGCCAGCAGAGCUUCCUCAAUGUCAGAAACUGGAUGAGCCAGCUCCAAACCAAUGCCUACUGUGAGAACCCAGACAUAGUGUUGGUUGGAAACAAGGCAGACCUGGCUGACCAGCGUGAGGUUCAAGAAAAACAAGCAAAGGAGCUGGCAGAUAAAUACGGGAUCCCAUAUUUCGAGACAAGCGCCGCGACUGGGGUGGAGGUGGAAAAGUCUGUAAUCACACUGUUGGACCUGGUCAUGAAGAGGAUGGAGCAGUGUGUGGACAAACCGCCUUCAGAGCCUUCUAAUGGCACGGGGACCACAAAGCUCUCCGGCCCACAACCCGAUGAGAAGAAAUGCGCAUGCUAAAGCUCAAGAGCUCGUUCAGGAAGUGACCAAGUCUCCUCUCUCCUCGCCACACUUUCUCUGUCUUUCUCAUCUUUGCUUGCAUGCUUCUUUGGUGUCAUCUUGUUCAUCUCCUUUAUGUCCAAAGCUAACCAUUAUUUCACUUCUUUUAUUAUCUUUCCCACCAUUUAAUCCUGUUGCCAAAUUGCCUCAUGGAGCGGGAUCAACUCUUGUUCUCUCGCCGAGGGUUAUUCAAGGUACUGCAGUCCGAUCAUGUACGCCUCAGUUCAGUUUUAGUUGUCCAGUAAGACACUUCUGAGUCAAGGUCAGUCAUUGGCUGUUCCUCAUUUCGCCUACAUUUUACUAUUCUGGUCCAUAUCUCUGCUUCUGAGAGGUUUGAAGUUAAAUGGUCUUUGUUUUUCAUCAUUUUCUAACAGGGGAAACGCUGCUUCCCUGGUUGGUUUGGUUGCCUUUCAAACCACUUUAAAUUCUAUCAGUCAGAUUGAACAGCUGUUUACCCCGACGGUUAUUUGUUGAAGCAUUUCACUGUUUUUUUGUGCUCUACAUUUUUGACACUCUAAAGAUGAUCUAUCUCCAUGGUUUGCUCUGGUUCACUCCCACUUGAAAUUUCCUUCAGUUGCUCUACACACUGUAGUUCGCAAAAGUCUCGGGCCUCCACUAGUUUUGUUGUUUUAAAAAAAAAAACAACCAAAAAAACUGCUCAAACUUAGAGGGGGUGCAUUACAUUUUGGCAUUACAAUCAGGAUCUAGCUGCAGAUAUACUCUAUAUAAUCAUGAUUGUGAAUAUAUACGAUAGAGAAUUUUUUUAUAUUUAAGAUGGAUGGGAAUAAAGCUUCACAGUGCAACCGUGCUAAAACUCCAGCUCUAAGGGUGGCCUAAGACUUGUAUCCAUGUACUGUGCAUAUUUACAUACAUACAGGUUUAUAUGUAGUUGCAUUUGUUUUCAUAAAUUGUCAUCUGAAAAGUGUUUUGUCAUUUUUAUAAAUUGUACCUGGGGGGGGAAAAAAAAAAAAAAAGGAACCUUGUUUUUCAAAACAAAUCCAUCCGCAUCACUGGAGAGUGACAAAAUGAUGCCUUGUGCUCCUGACUACUAGCAAUGUCUAUUUAUUAUUUCCAUAAUACCUUGGAUAUAGAUUUAUUUCGAUCACCAUGUCAAACAGCUGCAGAGUUGUUGUUUUCCUGGUUGCUUUCUGUUAAGCCAGCCGAAUUUAGAAUUUCUGUGUCAAAAGAUGAUUCUUUACACUUUGAUGCUUUCCAUCAGUUCAAUGUAUUUCAAAGCCUCUGUCUAGCUUUCAAUCUCUACAUGAUUUUGUGCAAGUCAACCAUUUAUCGAAACUCUUAUGACACCUCUAUCUGCCUUACAUUAUGGGAGUGUGUGUUGAGGUGUUGAUUUGCACAAGAAUUGCGAAUCAGCUUCUUGCCGUCUAUGUAUUUCUUUCUUCCCCAAUGAUGUAUUUGUUGGCCUCUCAGGCCUAAAAAAAUGGGCUAAAUCCAACAGUAGCCAAAAGAGUCCGCAGUUUAUUGUGUAGGUCUCUGUCUAAUAAUCACGAGUUCCAACUGCCCUUUAGUAAUAAUGAUACAAAAUAAGUUCUAUAUAAGAGAAUACAUGUUGUUUUUUGUAUUGUGCACAAUGGAUCUGUUCAAAAGGUUUAUGUGCCCUUAAGCUUUGGCUUGACUUUGUCACCUUUAAUCUGCCAAUGUGCCAAAUCCAAAUGAUGAUUUAAACAAAAUAAAUAAAUAAACUUCACGACAAAGCUUUUGUUUUCACGUAAACCCAACCGCAGAUAAAAACUACUUUCACAUUUUGUGUGUGUGCGCCAACAUCUGAUCUGAGUGCCAGAUAAAAGUCAGAAAACGCGGUACCGUCCUAACCUUUACUGAGUAGAAGGAAUUCUGAAAAUCUGCUUAUUUGGUUCGACUUCACAUCUUUGUCUUUUACUUGCCCACAAGUUGGAAUGAGUCAUAAUAAACCGUGUUGCAUCUUCA